ACAGGGUUUAAGAAAAAUAGAGCCCUUUUAAACAAAAAUUCCAUCUUUUGCCUCUGAACAAGAAAUCAUGGCAAAAAACAGUGAAAAAGAACUCAAUUACUUGCAUCAUAAAUCAAUACAAAAACAACCUAAACAAGAAUUAUCAGAAGAUGAUGAAGAAGAUGAUAAUAAUGAUGGGGAUUGGGAAGACUGGAGUGGUGAUGAUGAAUCAAAUUCUAAUUAUCUCUGUUUGUUUUGUGAUUUGAAAUUCAUUUCUUGCAUUGAAUUGCUUCGACAUUGUGGGUCUGCCCAUAAGUUUGAUUUACAAGGAAUAAUAAAAGACUUGAGCUUGGAUAUCUAUGGUGGUUUCAAACUCAUCAACUAUGUUAGGUCUAUGGUUGCUGAAAACAGAUGUUGGAGCUGUAGGGUUGUGUGUAAGUCGAAUGAGGAUCUACAAUGUCAUUUACAUGAAAUAGUGAACCUUAAAGACAUUGCGAUUCUAUGGGAUGAUGAAAGAUAUUUGAAACCCUUUAUGCAAGAUGAUUCACUCUUGUACAGUGUUUUUGGAGAUGACGAAAGUGAAGAUGAUUAUACCAUGCAAGUGGAUAAAGAGGAGGUUAUGAGGGAUUUUAUGAAUAUUGAUGAUAUUCAUCUUGAAGAUGACCAAACUGAACAAACUUCUGCAUCUAGUUCUAAUAAGUUUGACGGAAAUGGAACGAUAGAGAAUGCCUCUGUUUCCAAGGGGUCUUUGAAUCUUGCUCCAAGAGAUGUUAAAAAAAUAGAUGAGAACUAUUUUGGUGCUUAUAGUUGUUUUGGCAUCCACAGGGAGAUGAUAAGUGAUAAGGUUAGAAUGGAUGCUUAUAGGCAAGCUCUCUUGAAAAAUCCUUCUCUCUUAACUGGCGCUGUUGUGAUGGAUGUAGGUUGUGGGACUGGCAUACUAAGCCUUUUUGCAGCCCAAGCAGGAGCUUCAAGAGUAAUUGCAGUUGAAGCCAGUGAAAAGAUGGCUACAGUGGCAACUCAGAUCGCUAAAACCAAUGGCCUUUGGCAUAAUCAAAAUCAAGGAAGUAACCAAUGCACUGGGGUAAUGGAGGUGGUUCAAGGUAUGGUUGAGGAGAUAGAUAAAUCCAUACAAAUCGAACCGCAUUCUGUCGACGUUUUGGUGAGUGAAUGGAUGGGUUAUUGCCUACUCUAUGAGACAAUGCUCACCUCAGUGCUCUAUGCAAGAGAUAAGUGGUUGAGACCUGGAGGUGCCAUUCUCCCUGACACGGCGACAAUUUAUGCUGCAGGAUUUGGAAAAGGUGGUACCAGUCUUCCAUUUUGGGAAAAUGCAUAUGGACUUGAUAUGAGUUGCAUUGGCAGAGAACUUUUGCAGGAUGCUGCUAAAAUUCCUAUCGUUGACGUUGUGAAUGAAUGUGAUCUAGUGACUGAUUUUGCUGUUCUUCAGAGUUUCGACCUUGCAACUAUGAAGCCUGAAGAGGUGGAUUUCACUGCAACUACCGAGUUGGUACCGUUGUUGGAUAAGGUGACAUGGUGUUAUGGAGUAGUAUUAUGGUUCGACACUGGUUUUACCACCAGGUUCUGCAAAGAAACACCAGCGGUGCUGUCAACAUCUCCGUACACUCCCAAAACACAUUGGUCACAAACUCUUCUCACUUUUCCGGAACCUAUAUCAAUUUCCCCAGCAAGAACUCCUGUUGUUGGAACAAAUGCAAGCCCUGCUUCAAGAAUCCAUUUGCGCAUAAGCAUUGUUCGUGCUGUUGAACAUCGGAGCAUCGACAUAUCAAUGGAAACAGUUGCAGUUGGCCCUGAUGGACAGAAACGCGGUUUGCCAGUACAAUUAUUUAAUCUUUCCUAGAAUUAUCCACCCCCGCGUUAUGGAUUGAAAUCUCAAAAAAGUCAUUUUCAGCAUUUUCUGACGAUUUAACUUACAGUUUGUCUAAUUUGUGUCAUUUUAAUACAUGUUUUGUUGGUUUGAAAGGCAUCCUCAUUGCCUUAACUCUACAGCUUAAGAGUUGAAAUGAUCCGUAAUGCAUCAGUCCUAUUCCUUCGAAGUUUGGAAAUAGGUGUAAA